AUGGGAUCGUUUUGUUCUAAGACUAGUAGAUCAAUUACACGAGCUAUAGAAAAAACUUCAAGUACACCACAAAUACGACAACCGCAAGUGCGAUCUAAACUUGAUACAAACGCCACAUCAUCUGCACCAACCAUUAAAGAACCUGCGUCUUUAUCCAAUCAGCCAAGAAGAGGAGGAGUUGUAGGAGAAAUUGCUAAGCAAGCUGCAGGAGUUGCAAUAGGAACUGCAGUAGGUAGGAAAAUAUCAAAUAUGUUUGAUGAUAAAAAAGAUGUUGAAACAACAGUUGAAUCACCUACUGAGACAGAUAAUUCAAAAUAUAAUAUAGAUAAUCAUAUGGAAAAUGAAGAAUUCACUGAAGAUGACAGUGGUGAACAAGGAGAUCAAGGAGAUUAUGGAGAUGAAGAAAAUAAUGAUGAUUCAGAUUAAUACUAAUAAUAAGCAUUAAAUAAUUUAAACAAUAGGUUGUUGAAUUAAUGUGUUUCAUGAAAUUAAACAAAAAUAACAUAAUGACAAGGCCACAACAUUUUUCAUAAACACUGAAAUAAAAUGUAAAGAAUAAGUUUAAAAAAGGUGGAUAAGUGGAUGUCGCUCUGCUGUACAGUAGGUUACAAGUGGGUCACUGUAAUGGAUGGUGUUAAAUUUUAAUUCAAUGAUAUAAUAUCAUUGUAUGAGAAAAACGAUUCUGAGCGAAAACCGUCAGUCAGCCUAUGAUAUUACCAAGUAUAUUUGAUGAUAUUAUUGUGAAUAAAGUAAUUUAUAUAUAACCUAUUUACCUGGAGCCUUGUUUUCAAUUUUCAAUCCAUAGCCAUAAAAGUUGAACAUUUUAUAAAUUUUGCUAUUGUAACAAUAUAUCAGGAGCCUUGCAUUAAAUUUUCACGCUUUUUUACCCAACAAAUAAAAUUUUAUUGAUAUUUAUAGAAAAAAAAACUAAAAUAAUUGAAAACUGACUAUGUCCGUAAACAGCUCAAAAAGAGUCAAAAUAUUUUCAAAAUUGUAUGGUGUAUAGAAAUUGAAAAUUUAAACAUUCAGUAACAUUUUAAUGUAUCUACAGUUAGUCGUUUUUGAAUAACAACAAAAUAGCAAAAUCGUUACAUGAAAAAUCGAGUGAAUAUCAAAUGUUGUAAAAAUAUGACUUUCAAACGCUCAUAAAAAUUUAAUUUGACUUUCUUGUAGACAUUUUUUUUUUGAUAAAUGUAGACAAGCUUAUGGAUAAUCUUGUGUUACAUUUUCAAAUCUUAGAUUUAAAAAGAAAAUCUUUUAUGAAUUCUCAACUGAAAAUAAUUUUCGUGAUUUUUCCGUAUUUUGUCCAGUUUUGAAAUUUAAAUACUUAUAAACAAAAACAGUGACUAAGGAUUUUUAAAUUUUUUCAUCUGCCUUUGAAACAAUUACCCUAGGAGCCUUCUAUUAAAUUUUCAAGCUUUUUCAACCAACAAAUAAAAUUUUAUUGAUAUUUAUAGAAAAAAAAACUAAAAAAAAUAGAAACUGAAAAUGUCCGUAAACAGCUCAAAAAGAGUCAAAAUAUUUUGUAAAUUUUAUGGUGUAUAGAAAAUGCUAAUAUAAACAUUCAGUCAAAAUUUCAUGUCCCUACGGUCAUUUGUUUUAGAGUAACACCAAAAACCAAAAUCGAUUUUCUCAAAAACAGAUUUUGCGUAAAAAUUCCCGUUUUUCCUUAAUUUUUCUUUUGUUUUUUACGUUUCUUUUGAAAACUACUGGGAAAUUUUUACUUUUGACCCCCCAAAAUACCAACUAGAUUCAUUUUCCUAUUAGAAAAGUUACUGUUGAAGAAAAUCCAAGCACUUUUACUGUCCUAAAAGGUGGUAACAGAGUAACAGACACAAAAUAAAAAUAAAAAAAUAAAAAAAAACACACAUUAUAAUAAAAUCAAUACAUUCGCUAAGAAUCUAAAAAAUAUAUAUAUAAUAUUUAUAGUUUAACUAAAACAAAUAAAAAUUAUAACUAAAUUCUAGUAUCACCAAGUGUAGGUAAACGUUGAACCAUUUAUUUUUAUUUAGUUAGGCUGAUGAGGAGGUUCAGUGCUAAAGUACGGCGCUAAUAUUAGCUUAUUGUGGCUUAAAUAAAAUAGACAAUACAUUUAUUUAAAAGGCCAAAUAUAAGUUUUUAUUCAAAUACAGUGGCUGUUUCAAUAGUAUAUUUGCAAUGUGUCUCUUGGAAAAUAACAUAUAGGUACUUAAUCCCAAUUAAUGAUUAAUGUUAGGUACAUACUUUAUUAUAGGUACCUUUAAAUUAAAUUAUAUAAUGUAAUAGCAGGUAGGUCCCUAUUCCCUAACUCUAGUUUAAAAUUAUUUUCUCGAUUAAGGGGUAAGUACUUCAAUAAGAACUCGUUAAGUGGAUGAGAUAUUAUAUUGUACAAUAAAAUACCUCUCGUUUGUUUUAAAUUUAAAACCCUUGAAUAAGUGAAUACAUUUUUACUAUUACUCACCCAUGGCCAAGCACACACUUUUUAAAGCCAUUUGAAGUUAAAAUGUUGAUGAAAUUAGAUAUUUGAACAAAGGAUAACGCUGUAGCUUGGUGCAACAAAGGCCAAUGACACGUUUUGAUAGUGUUCAGAAAUUAAAAAAACCAAUCGGCCAGUUUUUUAAAUAUACCCAAACAUUUUAAAAUUAAAGUUUAAUGACAUUGGUCAAAUAAUCUCAAAUUCGUCCAAAUAUAUGACAUUGCCCUUCUUUGUACCAAGCCACAGAUUACGAUAUUAGUUAUUUUGUUGAAAUUAAAAAAUAUAUUCUUUGUGGGUACUUGAAAUUUGUACGUAUAUUAUUAUGUUUUAUAUACACAAUAUACAAUAUGACAUCCAAAAUAGUUUUUCGUAUGCAAUGAUUCAUCAUAAUAUCAUUGAAUUACAAUUUAAGACAUUAAUUACAGAUACUUGUUCAAUGACAAAGUACACUCGACACCUACUGUACAGCAGAGUCUCAGAGUGGUUAUCUACUUUCCACUUUUUUCUUUUUAAUAUUAUUGGUUUUAAACAAUUAAUUUUGAAUAAAUAUUAAACUAACAAAUAUCAAGCUUACUAACAUUAAGUUGCAAACUUGACAUAUAUGUUAACUAUAACCUUUGAACUUUUCUGUAUCUUUAUUGUUUAGUAUUUUGCCAAUCAAGUCCUUCAUCAAUCAUCAUUGAAAACCGACUGAUCAAUUCAU